UAGUCAGCUGGCGCGGUGGCGGCUGGCGCCUGGCUGAACAACACCGCGGGAAGGUGCCGUGUUUCACCGUGGUGGGCGCCUUGCCGAUCUGCCUGACCCACUGGGGGUUUACCGCUGUGUUGUAGCAUCUUUGACAACUUGGAGGCAUAGAGACCAGCCUCGUAAUCGCAAUUUACCGGGGGGGACAUCGCCUCGUAACAGACAGCAAGACCACCAUCAGGAUGAAGAGGCGCAGCAGGUGUCAGGCAACCCUGGACAGCUUUGUGGUGCGGUCUCCCAGGGUGUCCCCGGCCACCAGUCCCUCCAAGAAGGAGCCGGGGAUGCGCCAGGCCACACUGGAGUCCCUCAAGGGUGUGGUGGUGGUGGAGGAGAUGAAGAGGGCAAGGGUAGUGCUGGAGCGGACUGACGUCUCCGCUGAACUGAAGGUGGAUACUCUGCAGCACCUGCUGCGCAAGACACCAGCCAAAGAGGUGCUCGUCAGGACAAAACUAGGGAAGACUGUCCACAAGCUGUGCCGUGCUGAAGAGGCUGAAGUGGCAGCGGCAGCACAGCAGGUGUACACAGCAUGGAAGAACCACAUUCUCAGCAAAGUGAACAGACCGUACAUUGAAGUGAAGUGUGACCUCAAGACUCAGAAACUUAGAAGCUCAGCAAAACAAAUGUUACUUGAAGCCUUGCAGAGAGAAAUGGAAGGCGGAGGAGGAAAAGUAGAACAUGAGAACAGUGGAGAAGUUGUGAUUUUAGAUAUGAAAAAGACAAAGCAAAACAUGCACAAGCACAGACAUAAAGAUGAAGGCACUAGUGUAGGAAAGUCAUCUGGUAAAAGACCAAGGAGUGACAGUACUGAAGAAGAGCCUGUAAUACAUAACACUAAGCAAAGGAUAGAAAAGAAGGAAGAAAAGAGUGAGGAUAGGGCAAACCAUAAAAGAUCAAAGGAAGACAAAGCCACAAAGAAAUCUGAACAUAAACAGAAUCUGGAGGAAGAUGGGGAGGAGGAGAAAGGGAAUAGUGAAGAUAGAGAAAACCAUAAAAGAUUAAAGAGAGACUGUCAUACAGAAAAAUAUGAACAAAAACACAGAAAGAACCAGGAGGAAGGGAGGAGUAGGGAUAGAGGAGAACAGAGAGAAGGUAGAGACACACCAGACACUCAGCAGGAAUCAGUAGACAUGAUAGCAGACCAUCUGGAGAGGGAAGUGUACCAGGUGCACACGAGGCGGGUUGACAACAGUUACAGGCGCACCAUACGCUCUAUGAUAUUUGCACUGAGGCACCAGGGAGACGUUAGGAAGGCAGUUGUCCAAGCCACUCUCUCAGUUCAGGAUUUUGUUAAUCAACACAGGAAGAACUGAUGGCUAGUGUUAGUUUGUGUUCUCUUGGUAGAAGCAUAAAGUUAGUAACACAUAGUUGGUAGAAAUAUUGAAGUAUACUGUCAGAGGAUGUAGAUAUGUUGGACUCAGUAAAGUGACAGUCACUCUGAUGUAGAUACUGUUGGUAGGUUGUCAUUAGGUUUUACCUUUUUAUAUGAUAUUUUCAGAAGAAAAAUCUGCAUUGAUCUCCAUGUAUCUUUUUUUUGUUGUUUAUUUACAUGGAGUGAUUGAUGUGUGUAGCUUUACUACAGUGAAGAUGGAGGAGUUCAACUGAGAUAUAGUUGAUAUAGUAUUGGUAUAGGUGACUAUAUCACUUAACAUUUCCAUGUUAUGGGAUUAAAGACAACAUUCUGAAGCAUUUCUGGCCACACCUCACUCACAAGCCUCUAGUUCAGUGGUUCCCAAGUUUUUCUUGAGCAAGUACCACUUGGGGGCCCCAUACAAUCCCUGCAUACCACCUGGUUCCAGAAAACUCAAUUCCAGUAAAUAUCAGUGUAUUCAGAAGUAGAACACACAAUAAUUGAACCAACAACAUCGAACACAUUUCAAUUUGAUGGAAGGGAUGUAUCUGUUUCUUCUCCACCAGUUGAUCAAUGCCAGAUUACCUUGUGUAAGGCAAUGAUAUUUUUUCUAAGAAAUUAAUUAAUUUAAUCUAACUGAAAAUUGUAUAUGAUCUUGAAAGUGCUCAUCAUAUAACACCUGGAAGGGCUUCGCAUACCAUUAGUGGUAUGCAUACCACAGGUUGGGAACCACUGCUCCAGUUGAAGUUAAAUCGGUUAUUAUGGGUGUUUUCUUGGUUCUAGUAACAGAUUAAAAAGAUUUCCACUUUAUUAUCAGGACAAACACUCUUGAGAACUUGGUCAAUUGUCUAUGUGACCUUCAUAAAUAGUUCUGGUGAGAGAGAGAGAGAGAGAGAGAGAGAGAGAGAGAGAGAGAGAGAGAGAGAGAGAGAGAGAGAGAGAGAGAGAGAGAGAGAGUGCAUAGUGUUCCUGAUUAUGAGCUUAAUAUAGAAGACUCAUGCCUUGAAGAAAGCUCCAUUGAGUUAAUAUGUGCCUUACACACUUUCUGAUAAAUUCAAGAAGUGCAAGUCUAUAUCCUAUGUGUACGUUGAGGUCAGUGAUGGGAUGUGUGGCUGCAGUUGUGUGGGUGGGUAGAUGGGUGAGUCAGAGUGGCUGGGUGAGUGUAGUGUGUGUUUGAGGUGUGGGUGAGUAAAUAGAUGGAUGGAUUGGCAGAGGGUCAGUGGAUGGUGGAUGGAUUAAUGGGUAGUUGUGGUUGUGGAUGGUUAUGUCAGUGUGUUUGUAGGUGGAUGGCAGGAUAUGGAUGGGUGGGUGGAUGUGUUUGAGCUAGUGGUUAGAUGGGCAAGCUGAUGGAGGUGGGUGAGUGAGUGAGUGUGAGUGUAAGAUUGGGUUAUAGGUGUUAGAGAUGGAUGGCUAUUUACCUUGCCACAUCCAAGACCUGAACCAGAGCCAUAUCUCAUUGUUUGGCUGAUGUGAAACAAAUCAAUUUUUUUUUUUUUUUUUUUUUUUUUUUUUUUUUUUUUUUUAAGAGUUGGGUUAUGCUUGCCUCUUUUCCCAUUUGCCUAAUAUUGUACCUUGUUAAAUAAUAAUGUGACAUGGCAUUCAUUAACUCCCUGCAUAAAGGUGAUAACUACUCAUUCUGCUUCUUGCCAGAAUGUGCAUCAUAGACUUAUAUAAUAUUUUAUUACAAGCUUUUUUAAAUAAAUACAUUGUGAA